AUGGGUGUGACCGUUUUGCAACCGUACCCGGUGGAAAACAAAUCCGGUGCUCAAACGAUCGAGUUUCUGCUAAAACGCGUUGUGGCUCUUGGUGCCGUACCCGCGGGACAGUUUCUGGUUGAUUGUGAAACCUACAGUUCCAACCCACAGCUGGGUCCACCGAAAACUGUGCACAUUCUGCAUAACUCCGAACAACCAGCAUCCGUCUUUUCGAUACUGGACACCGGUACUAAGCAGAUACCGCUCGUUACGGAUGGGUUGUUCGAUCUGCUAAUGACACGCAUCGCUCCAGCCUAUACCUCUAAGAAGCAGACGAAAAUCGAAUCGAAAGGACAACGGUUCGAGUUUGGAGACUUUCUGAUCAAACUGGGCAGUGUGACAAUGAGCCAAAAUUUCAAAGGCGUACUGGUGGAGGUGGAAUAUCGUCCCUGUCUCGUGCCGGGCAGUUGCUGGGAGCUAAUGAGAGAGUUUCUUCAAGGAUUCCUUGGGUCGAACGUGUCGAACUCGAUGCCCGCCUACUUCACUCAGCGUUCCAGCAUCAAUCCGAACCAUUCCAAAGCGAACGAAAUCUAUCAGCCCAUUGAUACGAUCAAUCAGUACUUGGAGCACUUUACAACCUACCGAAAACAGACCAUGGCACCCGUUGGUACUCGUCCUUAA